AUGUCAGUCAAGGCAACGACAGCAAAGUUGAUCUCAUCAAAGUUGAUUGACGUUGAUGAAAACGUUGAAUUAGCCAGGGAGUACAGCAUUACUUCAAUGCCAACCGUUAUAGCCUUCAAAUCUGGUAAACCAGUAUCUAAAUUCGUUGGAGCUAGUAUACACCAAUAUACACAAAUUAGACGAUCUAAUGUGUUAGCAUGUAAAGAAGGUUUACUAUUCGCCGCUAGAGCGUCCCUACUAGCUGCACCAUUCAUUUGGCAUUUUAAACUACAUCUAAAGUACAGAAAAGCAACCGGAUGGUUCAUAAAGACCCCAAUUAUGUUAGCCUGCCUUACUAUAGCAUUCGGUUUAGAUCAAUGUCCAGAUACUGGUAGAUGGAGACUAUUAUGGAUGACUGAUCAUGAGGAACAUGAAUGGUCCAAUAAACGUCUGAAAUCUUUACUCGAUGAACCAGAUAUCGUUAUAUUAGAUCAUAAAGAUGAGCGCACAAAACUAAUUCUCACUAUCACACGUAGACUGAUAAAUAGUCUACCACACACAAACCGACGGUCUAUACUACCCACAUGGCCAGAUCCAAUAACACAUGGGAUAUCCAGCUUAGUUGAUAGACGAGAACUAAAAAGACCAAGCACAUGUACAUCAAAUGUCACUCUCGCUAACUUCCCAGAAGGUUUAACAGUCAUUCAUCCUAGUUUAAAGAGUGCAUGGAAUAUAUACGUCAUUGAUGGUCCACAGAUAAACGCUUACGCAAUGCCAAGCAAAGAGCUCGUCGUUUAUAGUGGUUUAAUAGAUUUAUUAGAUGGGAAACCGGAAUACUUAGCUACAGUUUUAGCUCAUGAAAUAGCCCAUGUGACGCAACGACACGCAGUUGAGAAUCUAGGUCUGAAGAAUGUCGCUACUGUUGUAGCCGACUUUGUUAGAGGAGCGAUAAUAUCUGCUACGAUACCCUUCCCUAUCCUUACAUCCUCGCUGACAUUGACGAUAAAUUGGAUAAACGACCCACUAAGCGAGAGUGCGUUCUCAAGAAAGCUCGAACUCGAAGCGGAUGCUGUCGGCUUGAAAAUAAUGGCUAAAGCUGGAUAUGAUCCUUCUUAUGCAUUACAUUUAUGGGCUAUGAUGUCAACGUUCGACAAAGACAAUGAGGAUCAAAAAACGCUUUUCGAGCAGCUAUUUCCAUUUUUAAAUACUCAUCCGCCCUCUCAAAUGCGGUUAAAGAACAUACGUGAACAUAUGGGGGAAGCAAUAUCAAUUUACAAUAAUACACUUGAUGAUAAAAUUAUAAAAUAGUUAAUCUGUAUUAUACUUAAAGUUACCUUCUAGGAGAUCUUGAUCUUGAUCUUUCGCUGUGUCUACCGUUCGUUGGUCUAUCUCUAUCUUCCUGCUCAUGUGCGCGCAAUUUCCUUUCAAGUCUCUGAGAGUGUUGAAGAUCUCUAAUCAGACUUCUAGUAGGACGUUUCAAGUGCAUGAAGUUGCAGAAACCUCCUCUGUUGCAAUCACCGGUAUCAUUUUGUCUGCAGCAAGCUUCUCUAAAGUCUGUAACUGGACUGAGCUCACAAUGCAAUGGUCUACCAGCGUACCACCUCUCAUUAAGCUUAUCUACAGCGGCUUGUGCUUCUGUCUCCCAUUCGUACCUCGCGUAGACAUUUCCGAUGAGAUGGUCACCAACGUUAUCACAUACGUGCAUUUCUAGGAGAUUGCCAAAUUUGCAGAGUUCCCUUUAGAAGUCAGUUUGCUAUUAUAAUGUAAAGUAAUCGACUCACAUGAACAAAUCCUCGAAGAACAUGUCGAAAUCAACUUGUAUUCCCCUCUGAUCGAGCUUAUUAUCUGGUCUGUGCAUUGGGUUUUGGUAUACGUUUGGCAUAACUAUCGUCUGAGAGAACUGUGGCUUUAUGUGCUUCCUCGAGCAUCUUUCACCGUGGCGACAUGCACCAAUCUGAGUUGAGUGUAAGUGAAUAACUAGCUAAUAGACUAUAUAUAACCUACUUUAUAAUAGAAUGAACAAUUAACUCUAUCCUGUUCUGUACCAAAAAUUGACGCUAAACGUGAU